AGUAAUCUAGUAUAGUAUAGACAUCUGUGAUGUAUACACUUUCAAAAGUUUCGAAAUACUGUUCUGUCAGCUCAAAAUUUGAUUCCGCUUGAUCUUUUUUAUUGAAUAUACACGAAUGCAUGUUGUACUAUACAAUGCGGUUGCAAACCAAUAAAAAUUAUGUAUAUUACCUGAAAACUAGUAGUACGUGCGUUGUGGUGUUGGGGGGGUUUUGGUACUUGUAUCAGCUGCGGCAAAUAUCGCAGAUCGUUCGGUCCGCUGUGAACACAAAUGUGCUGAAGUUGGAAGAAAUGCAUCCACAAUACAUUUACAUCGAUGACCCUCAGUUUAAGGAUAUCUCCAUGUUCAGAAAGGAUGAGAAUUUGUAUAGAUCUGCACUGGAUAAGCCGCAAGGCCUUAGUGAUAUUUUAAUGAAAUGGUGGAAGGUGUACAGUCAUAAUUUAGCAUAUAAGUUACUGUACAUGGCUCAACAUGGCAAUAGGAACGAACGAUGUAAAGCUGUAACUGUCCUUGGUUCUUUGUCUCACUUAAAAAAUUGGCAAUAUCGUCAUUUGGCUCAAAUGUUGGAUGUUAAAACAGCAGUUGCCCUUGCAAGAAUACCAAAUGUUAAUUUACAGUUCUUUCUGCAACCACCAUAUUAUCAUGUACAAUACAAAUUACACGAUGUACUGGAGAAAGUACACUCAUUGCUGUUAGUUUUGAAUACACUGUGUGAUAAAACGCAUCCCUGCUUAACACAAUUUCUUGGUAAAAAUUUCAAAGAUAUGCAAAGAGACGGCUUUAUCUUUGAUCACGAUUUGACGAGUAUGGGCCUUUCAGUAGCACCAGUGACAGUCUGGGACAACACUUUGCUCAAGAGUUGCGUUCAAGCAAUUUGUCAUCAUUCCUCUUUAGAAGAAUAUAGCAAGCACUUGGUCGAUGCCGGUGCUUUGCCGAUACUAACAGCGAUACAAAAAAUUUGCAAGGAUGAUACAGAAGUGUGCAUAUUGCUCGCGAGAAUAAUAUCCAAUGUGUCUCUUCACUCCGAAUACUUGGAGAAUAUCUUUGAAUCCGGAUGGAUCGGCAUAUUGUCACAUUGGUCACGUAGCGACGAUAUUCGUUUAUCGGCGCAGGCUUAUCGUGCAUUAGCAAACUUAGACGCAGAGGGGAACGAAGGAGCGAAAUACCCACGGCGUAUUUAUCUUCUUCAUCCUCUACAUAGAAACCAUGCAGCGACAAAAAUGGAUGUUGUAUUUCUGCAUGGACUGCUAGGUGGAAUUUUUGUUACCUGGAGACAACGUGACACGGAUAUCUCUACACUCGGAGUUGUAGGUGGCAAUACUCCGAGUCAAACUACGGAUUACCUGUCUACUAUGAUCGACGAUGAUCGUCCUCCAGAAUUCUUUAAAGAUUUAGCUCGCGAUCUGCAGUUACGCGAGUGGAAGAAAAUAGGCCACGAUUUUGAAGUGAUUUUGGAGGACUGUCCGCAGAACACAAAUUCCCAUCCCUACGAACCUUACUUUUACAGAGGAGACGAUCCCUGCAUGAGGAACGGCCCGGAACUUGCGUCCAAAACGCAAUGUUGGCCCAAAGACUGGUUGCCUAUGGAUAUACCAUCGUUACGAAUUAUGGGUAUCAACUAUGACACAAGCUUAUCUAUGUGGACUCCUUUCUGCCCAAUAGAGAGCAUGAAGAGCACUAUCAAAGAGAGAAGCGAAGAAUACAUUACCAAAUUGAUAAUGGCAAACGUGGGGCAGCGACCUCUUGUAUGGGUUAGUCAUUCGAUGGGUGGAUUGUUAGUUAAAAAAAUGCUUGUGGAAGAGUGGAAAACUGGGGACAAGAACGACAUCUGUAAGAAUACCAGAGCUAUUGUAUUUUAUAGUACUCCUCAUCGAGGCUCUCAUGUGGCAGCUUUGAAGCAGACAACACAAAUGUUGGUAUGGCCGACGGUCGAGGUUCAAGAGUUACGCGAAGAAUCACCGCAAUUGUUACAAUUGCAUGAAGAGUUUUUAGAAAUGUUAAAGGAAUAUCCCAUAGAGAUUGUGAGUUUCGCCGAAACCAAAUCUACGCUCGUAACUGCGCUCAAAUUCCCCUUCCAAUUCGUCAGUCUUGAUUCAGCAGAUCCUGGAGUGGGAGAGUUUUUUGAGAUUCCGCAGGAUCAUAUAUCGAUAUGUAAGCCAGCUAGCAGGCAGUCCUUCUUGUACCAAAAACUUUUGAGUGUCAUCAGACGUCAAUUUAAUCCUCGGAAAGAAGGAAAGGCACUUUCAUCGAUUAGAUAUUUAUUAUCAUUGCCAAGUAAGUUACUUUAGAUCUUCAUAUUACAAAAGUUUUAUAUAUUUUUGUAUGUGAAAUCGAGGGAAUGUGUGAGUGAUUGUAAAAAGAAACAAUAUUUGACGAUGAAUGACAGUUCGGAUAAUUUGUUCGACUUAUUAGAUUCGUCCCACCGCUUGAUCUGUAAAGUAGAGGGGUUAUUUUAUUAUCGGUGUAACCGAUAUAUUUCCAUUUUGCUUAAUUCUCUUUCACACAGACGCGAUUAUACAUGUGUAUCGUGACAAGUACAUGGGUAAUACACAUACUAGUGAUAUUGUUUUCGUAAAAUAUGAUCGACUAUUUACUCUGACUGGAACGAAUAAAUUUCUUAGAUUAAAGUGAGAUAGAGAGAAUAACAAGAAAGAAAUGGGCAAAUAAAUUUUACAACAAGUUGCAAAGUACCACGAACACAGGAUAGAAAAGUAAGAUAUAGAAUAAGAAAUGGAUGAAAUUUAAAACGCUCUCUACGCGAAGAUGCGCUAACGAUAAUUCCAUGUCGGAACAUAACAACGCGAGUUGUUAGAAGCAGAGAAUAUCAUUGAUAUCCUUAUCUAUGUUUACUUAAGGUGCCGAAUAAAAGAAGUAAAAUUGGUAUUGGUUGGAAAAAUUGCAGUUUAUUGUUGUGAAAUUUAGAAGUUUGUGUCGUAAUCGGGAUGGUGACGGCUCGACAAGUUUGUGGUACUGUCGUAACCGCCAUAUUUGCUGCUGGUGUGCGAUGGAUUGUAAUAAUAACCAUUCCAUUCGGAUCGCCAACUAUCGUAUAAAUUAUACUUUUUACCAUCCUGGAAAGGCUUGUCAACCAAGAUCUGAAAAUGCUCAAACAGGUCUAUCUAUCUUGUGAUUGACAGCUGCUGGCUAAGUUCUAGCAGCUGGUCCGUAAUGAUAUUUGCGCGAGCGAGAAGGAUUUACCUUGUUAGAUGUAGACUCGAACGAUUUAUCAUUCCAAGAGACAUCGGGAUCGGUCCAUAUCGUGUGUACUGGUUUCGAGUAAUCGUUUGAUCUGUGGCUGGAUGUGUGUUUAGCUACUUCCUCUUCGUAAAUCGUGGACAUGGCUGGUUUCAGUUUCGCGCCAUUUUGUCUAUUGACGAGCUGAUAAAUAACGUCGUUUACUGUUUCCGUUCUUAACAUACGUAUAAGGAACUGAGAGAGAGAGAUGCGCACAAAGAACGAGACACUUUGGACACUCACCACAGACACACCAAACACGAUGAUGAAUAAUAAACCUCCAACACCUAUCACUAUUACUGCAAUGGCCCAUUGAGGUAUCAACCUAUCAUCUUUUUCGAUGUACUGCGGCGUGUUCACUUUAGGUAUUACUGUGAAAAAUGACAUGGUCAUGAGAAUCGUUCAGCCAAGUAGUCGAACGAAUUGACGUACCUACGAAAUCUGUGUAUUUAGGAUCGAUAGUGAAGACUCCCAUCCGUAACGCGCCCUUUGUGCUCGUCUCGUUCCACCGAUUGCUAUUGUACGUUCUGAGCGAAUCGUGGAAAAUGACUUUCAGCUCUUGCGUGUUGACUUUUUGCUGUAAGUUGGCUAAUUCGACAAAGUAGUCUACCAGGAUGCUACCUUGACUGAAAACGACCAUUACACAUUGAUACCAAAUGAGCAACACGAAAUUGGACACUUUGAGACAUUUUGAAUAUUCAGAGCAAUGAUAUGUUUAAAAUAUAUGACUCGCCGAUAACUAUAUGAUUCGUUCGAUCGCUUAGCGCUGUUAUGUCUACAAAUAAAUUGUGAUUACCUGAAGGA